AUGGCAGGUACUAUCGAAAAUGCUCGUAAAGAGAUUAAAAGAAUCUCUUUAGAAGACCAUGCAGAAUCAGAAUAUGGUUCUAUUUACUCUGUCUCUGGUCCUGUUGUCAUCGCUGAAAAUAUGAUUGGUUGUGCCAUGUAUGAAUUAGUUAAAGUUGGUCACGAUAAUUUAGUAGGUGAAGUCAUCAGAAUAGAUGGUGAUAAAGCAACUAUUCAAGUCUAUGAAGAAACCGCAGGUGUCACUGUGGGUGAUCCCGUUCUCAGGACAGGAAAACCAUUAUCUGUCGAAUUAGGUCCAGGUUUAAUGGAAACUAUCUAUGAUGGUAUUCAAAGACCCUUGAAAGCUAUCAAAGAUAUGUCUCAAUCUAUCUAUAUCCCAAGAGGUAUCGACGCCCCUGCUUUAAACAGAGACAUCAAGUGGCAUUUCACACCUGGCAAAUAUUCCGUCGGUGACCAUAUCUCUGGUGGUGAUAUCUUCGGUUCUGUCUUUGAAAAUUCUUUGAUUGAUGACCAUAAGAUUCUUUUGCCACCAAGAGCUAGAGGUACAAUCACUUGGUUGGCACCAGAAGGUGAUUACACUGUAGAUGAAAAGAUCAUCGAAGUAGAAUUCGAUGGGGUUAAAUAUACAUACACAAUGUUCCAUACCUGGCCUGUUCGUGUCCCAAGACCUGUUGCUGAAAAACUGUCUGCUGAUUAUCCUCUGUUGACUGGCCAAAGGGUUCUUGAUGCAUUAUUCCCUUGUGUUCAAGGUGGUACCACUUGUAUCCCUGGUGCCUUUGGCUGUGGUAAAACAGUUAUCUCCCAAUCCCUAUCUAAAUAUUCCAAUUCUGAUACUAUUAUCUAUGUUGGUUGUUUUGAAAAAGGUACAAAAGUUUUAAUGGCCGAUGGCUCAGAUAAAAUUAUCGAAGAUAUUACUGUUGGUGAGCAAGUGAUGGGUAAAGACGGUAAACCAAGAGAAGUUGUGGGCUUACCACGUGGUAAAGAAACCCUGUAUGAAGUCUGUGAAACUGCUCAACAACUCUCAUCUAACCAAAGCAUUUCUGGUUUAAUCAACUUUGUUUGUUCUGGAAACCAUAUGUUAGUAUUAUGCACUCCACAAAGUGUUAAAAUUAGUCAUCAUAAGUUAAACGGUAAGAUGUACAGUAGUGUCGCUUAUUUGGCGUCUGAAGACUUCAAAAAUGGACAAAUAGUCAGAGAAAAGACAAGAGUUUAUCCACAUGAUCUAUACGGUGAAGAAAAGGCUAAAAAAAUGGCUAAAGAUUUCUUUGUCAGUGUUGAUCGCAAUCCAAUCUAUUGGGAGAUGGAAGCAUCUAAUUAUAUUAAAGUCAGUCACAAUGUUAAAAAAGUUACCACACAGUUAAUUAACCCAGUAUUCUACCAGUCGGGCAAAUUGGCCAAGCUUUUGAAGGAUAUCAAUUCCAAUCCAUUAUAUGCUCCUCAAAUUGCUUGGUUAAUGGGUGUAUGGGCAAGUGUUGGUUUUGUAGAUCGUCCUGCGUUUGCUGCUGAUCAAUUAAAUGAUGAAUUAGUAACCCGUAUUACUGAAUACAGUAACAUUUUUGGUCUAUCUGUUUCUACUUCUGAAAAUAAGCCUUCAUCUUUGUUUAACAAAAAGACCGAAGAAAAGAUACUUUCCCAAAUUGAAAAUGGUGAAGUUCAAGAAGAUGGCUCAAUUAUCUUUGAUAAUGAAGAGAUUGAAGGCACUACAGAUGGUGCAUCUGGGUCUUUCUCUUUGAAUGAGUAUGGUGAUAUAGCCAUAACUUUAAAAGCUAAUGGGGUUGAUAACAGUGAUGCAACUACAAAGAAUUGCUUCUGGAACACUAUUACCUCACUCGGUAUUAAAACCAAGAACGACAAGGGUAAAUCUAUCAAAGCUAUUCCAGCCCAUUUAUCUUCUGAUGAUAUUGAAGUUAGAGAACAAUUCAUUGCAGGUAUGAUCGAUGCUGCUGGUUAUGUUAAGAAAAGAGAAAACGGUGACAUUGAAAGUGCAAGUGUCAGCACCAUUUAUGAAACCGUUUCUGAUGGUUUAGUCAAGUUAGCUCGUUCCUUAGGUAUCAGGGUGUCAGUCAAUAAAGAAGUACAACAUGUUGACAAAAACGGCAUCGUUCAUCAAUUAGUACAUCACAUUUACCUAAGUGGCCCUGCUCUUAACGGUGUUUUGAGAUUAUGUGCUUCCACAAGAAACAGUGUUAGUUCACUUCCAUUCAAAAGAAAAGCCGUUCCCUUCUAUUUCACUCUUCAAGCUAAGGAAGAAGAUGAGUACUAUGGUAUCACUCUACCUGACUCCACUGACAAACAAUAUUUAUUAUCUUCUUUAGCUCUAGUGCAUAACUGUGGUGAAAGAGGUAACGAAAUGGCUGAAGUUUUGAUGGAAUUCCCUGAAUUAUAUACUGAAAUUUCCGGUAGAAAAGAACCAAUUAUGAAACGUACAACAUUAGUAGCAAACACUUCCAAUAUGCCUGUGGCUGCUAGAGAAGCUUCUAUUUACACUGGUAUUACAUUGGCAGAGUACUUUAGAGACCAAGGUAAGAAUGUUUCCAUGAUUGCAGAUUCAUCUUCAAGAUGGGCUGAAGCUCUAAGAGAAAUUUCUGGUCGUUUAGGUGAAAUGCCAGCUGAUCAAGGUUUCCCAGCUUAUUUAGGUGCUAAAUUAGCUUCCUUCUAUGAAAGAGCUGGCAAAGCCGUUGCUCUAGGUUCACCAGAUCGUACAGGUUCCGUGUCUAUUGUUGCCGCUGUUUCCCCAGCAGGUGGUGACUUUUCAGAUCCAGUUACGACUUCUACUUUAGGUAUUACGCAAGUUUUCUGGGGUUUAGAUAAGAAAUUAGCACAAAGAAAGCAUUUUCCAUCUAUCAACACAUCUAUUUCAUAUUCCAAAUACACAAAUGUGUUGAACAAAUAUUACGACAACAAUUAUCCAGAAUUCCCAACUUUAAGAGAUAGAAUGAAAGAAAUUUUAUCUAAUGCAGAAGAAUUAGAACAAGUGGUUCAAUUAGUCGGUAAAUCUGCUCUAUCUGAUAGUGACAAGAUCACAUUAGAUGUAGCUACAUUAAUCAAAGAAGAUUUCUUACAGCAAAAUGGUUAUUCUACAUAUGAUGCAUUCUGUCCAAUAUGGAAGACUUUUGACAUGAUGAAGGCAUUUAUAUCAUAUCAUGACGAGGCUCAAAAGGCAGUCUCAAAUGGUGCCAAUUGGUCUAAAUUGUCUGAAGCCACGAGUGAUGUUAAGCAUGCAGUUUCAUCAUCCAAAUUUUUUGAACCAAGCAGGGGUCAAAACGAAGUCCAUGGUGAAUUUGAAAAGUUAUUAAGCACGAUACAAGAAAGAUUUGCUGAGUCUACUGAUUAA